CUUUUUUAUAACCCAACACGGCACUCUCAAUCUGGAAAACGCCAUCGACGUUUUUCUCUCAUGGCUUCGCUCCAAGUCUGCGUCCAACUUAUCCUGAUGUGGCUAGUCUCCACCGUUCUGAUUCGAGCCCUGCUCGCCAGAUAUCUCACCAAGACUCGUCUUCCACCAGGCCCGCCCUCGCUCCCUCUCAUCGGACACUUCCACCUUCUUCUACCUUUACCGCAUCGAGCUCUUCAUCGCCUCUCCGCCCGUUAUGGACCCCUCAUCCAUCUCUUCCUCGGCUCCGUCCCCUGUGUUGUUGCUUCCACUCCUGAAAUGGCCAAACACUUCCUUAAAACCCAUGAAUCUUAUUUCUCCAACAGGAUCGUAAAUACUGCCGUCCACCACUUAUCAUAUGGAUCCAAAGGCUUCCUGUUUGCAGCUUACGGACCCUACUGGAAGUUCGUGAAGAAGCUAUGCAUGUCCCAGCUUCUCGGUGGCCGCACCCUCGAAAUCCUCCUUCCGGUGAGGCAGGCGGAGACCAUGAGGUUUCUCGGAGUAUUGCUCAGAAAAGGGUUGGCUGGUGAGGCCGUUGAUGUUGGUCACGAGCUCAUGACAUUAGCCAAUAGUAUCAUAUCAAGAAUGAUCAUGAGUAGAUGUUCUUCUGGAAACGAUGGUGAAGCCAGGGAAAUUAGGAAGUUGGUGACGGACACGGUUGAGCUCGCCGGGGAGUUCAAUCUAUCUGAUUUUAUUUGGUUGUUUAAGACCCUCAACUUGCAGGGUCGACUGAACAAAAGGCUGAAAGAAGUCCGAGACAGGUUUGACUCGUUGAUGGAGGAGGUGAUAAAGGAGCAUGAAGACGAAAGGAGGAAAAGGAAGGAGCUUCAUGAAGAUGGUCAAAUAAGGGAUUUGCUUGAUAUUUUACUGGACAUACAUGAAGAUGAGGCUUCUGAGAUAGAACUUUCCAUGGAGAACAUCAAGGCUUUCGUCUUGGACUUGUUCAUGGCUGGAACUGACACAUCUGCCCUAACCAUGGAAUGGGCACUAGCAGAACUCAUGAAUCACCCUGAGGUGAUGGAGAAGGCAAGACAAGAGAUCGAUUCGGUCGUGGGAACAGCCAGAAUAGUAGAGGAAUCUGACAUAGCCAAUCUACCUUAUUUGCAGGCCAUAUUUAAAGAGACUCUAAGAAUUCAUCCCACAGUACCAUUGUUAGGGAGACUAUCAUCUGAGAGCUGCAAUGUUGGUGGCUAUGAGAUUCCAGCAAAGACGUUGCUGUUUGUUAAUUUGUGGUCACUUGGGAGGGACCCAGAGGUUUGGGAGGACCCACUGGAGUUCAGGCCAGAGAGAUUUAUGGGCAUGGAAGCAAGAGGGAAGGAGAAUUUGGGUGUUAGAGGACAACACUUUGAGCUGAUUCCUUUUGGGAGUGGAAGAAGAAGCUGUCCGGGAGCCUCACUGGCACAACAGGUUGUGAAAACAAACAUAGCUGCCAUGAUUCAGUGUUUUGAGUGGAAGGGGAAUGGAGGCAAUGGAACUGUUGAUAUGGAGGAGAAGCCAUCUCUGACCCUUCCAAGGGCUCAUCCCUUAAUAUGUGUCCCCGUGCCUCGUGCUAACCUCAUUCCUUCUAUCAUGCAGGUCGUUGGGCAGGCAUAGCAAAAUAAGAAAAAUCAAGGGACAUAUAUAUACAUGUAUUGACUAUAAUUAUAUUCAAUAUUCUCUGUAUAA